UGGUCUGCUUGGAGCUGCGUGGGCCGCCAGAGCCCCAGACAUUGAUUUCCUAGUUUGCGGCGCAAGAAGCAGACCACUCCCCCUUCUCCUCGAGACGAUUUGAAAUGGCUCUCCGUCGCGUCCUGACCACCAGCAAGGCCUUCAAGGCGGCUCCGAGCCUCCUGCGCCGCUCCAUGGCCACUGUGGCCGACGAGAUGACGGUGCGUGAUGCGCUCAACACGGCCAUGGACGAGGAGCUCGCCCGUGACGACGAGGUCUUCCUCAUGGGCGAGGAGGUCGCUCAGUACAACGGCGCUUACAAGGUCUCCAAGGGACUGUGGGAGAAGUACGGUGACAAGCGCAUUAUCGACACGCCUAUCACGGAGCAGGGCUUCACCGGUCUCGCCGUCGGCGCUGCCUACCACGACACCAAGCCCAUCGUCGAGUUCAUGACGUUCAACUUCGCCAUGCAGGCCAUUGACCAGAUCAUUAACUCGGCUGCUAAGCAAUACUACAUGUCGAACGGCGACAUCCACGUGCCCAUUGUCUUCCGUGGCUCCAACGGUCCCGCUGCCGGUGUUGCCGCUCAGCACUCGCAGUGCUAUGCCGCCUGGUACGGCAGCGUGCCCGGACUCAAGGUGGUGUCCCCCUACGACUCGGAGGACGCUCGUGGUCUGCUGAAGGCUGCUAUUCGCGACCCCAACCCGGUUGUGGUGCUGGAGAACGAGCUCCUGUACGGUGUCUCGUUCCCUGUGUCCAAGGAGGCCCAGGACAAGGACUUCCUGAUUGAGAUCGGUAAGGCCAAGAUCAUGAAGCCGGGCAAGGACGUCACCCUCGUGGCUUUCUCUCGCAUGGUUGGAGAGGCUCUUGAGGCUGCCGCUGUUCUGGCCAAGGAGGGCAUUGACGCCGAGGUGAUCAACCUCCGCUCGAUCCGCCCGUUCGACCGUCAGGCCAUCAUUGACUCCGUGAAGAAGACCAACCGCAUUGUGUCCAUUGAGGAGGGCUGGGGCCAGCACGGUAUUGGUGCUGAGAUCGCCGGCAUCAUCAUGGAGACGGAGGCCUUUGACUACCUGGAUGCUCCCCUGGAGCGCGUGACUGGCACGGACGUGCCGAUGCCGUACGCCGAGAACCUGGAGAAGUUGUGCUUGCCGCACACCGAGGACAUUGUUGCCGCCGCCAAGCGCACUGUGGCCCGUAACCUGUAAGCAAACCAACCGCCUCUAUAACCAUGGACAACGUCGUCAUCCCCAUACCAAUCUGAUCUCGAGAACCUCGCGCUAUGAAGGAAAGCAGGGCGAGGGAUGAGCGUAUGCUCACUCACGACUACGCAGCAGCAAGCAUCGUGCGCGAAAGCAGGAAAGAAUGGAGUGAUUGACAGUAGGAAGGGUGUAACUAAUCGAACCCGAUAGACCACAACGUAUGCUCCAGCGGGUGAUUUACUGCAGCAAUUGUUCCCUCAUUUUACUCAUGAAGCUGCGGCGUUGACAACGCUGGUGCUUGGACAAGCAAAGCCGGUGUUUUUUGCUGAUGAAUGCGUGGUCUGGUGAUCCCGAAUAUAACGCGCAAAAACACACAAGUGAUAUUCGGCCCUCCCCAAACUCUAGGCUUACCCUUUAUGAAAAUGAAAAUACGGAAAUUAGUGUGCAUCUCCCUCACAAGCUUAGAAACCAAACUCGCCGAAGAAAUCAACAUCCUUCUUGGGCUUCUCCUUCUUUUCGACAGGUGCCGGAGGGGGAGCAGUGGCAACAGGGGCGGAGGCAGCAGCAGUCGAGCUAUUGCUGCUAUUGGCCGACGUUACGGACG